AUGGCCGCUGUCGACUACCAAAAAGAGGUUACCGGCCAGGAUGUCACCACCGCCGACGUCGAACAAAUGGACUCUGGGCCAGUUCAAAUACACGCUGUCACUGAUCUCGACGAUGACCGUUUCAGUCUCUGGAGUGUCCUCGGCAUGCAGUAUACCUGCUCAGCCGCUCCCAUCUCCAUAUCGGGAUUCAUGGUGUUCACCCUAGGCUUAGGUGGCAACCCUUUCUUUUUCUGGUGUUUUCUCUUCGCUGCCUUGGUCCAAGGUCUGCCCACUCUCUCUUUGGCCGAGCUAUCAUCUGCGUUUCCUCACGUUGCUGGACAAACCUACUGGACAUCUAUACUGGCUCCACCCAAGUACAGGAGAUUCCUCACCUACCUUGAUGGCGCCAUGACCCUCUGGACCUGGAUUCUCGCUCUGGCAGGCGGCUGGGUUCUCACCGGCCAGUUUAUCCUUGGUACCAUCACAGUGAUCAAUAGUUCGUUCACUCCCCAAACAUAUCAAAUAUUCCUGUUCGCCCUGAUGAACUGCGUCAUCUCUGUUCUUCUUAACUCCUAUCUCAUCAAGAUCUACCCGGCGAUCAACAAGUUCUUCGUGGUCUUCAUCAACGCCGCCGUGGUCUUUAUAAUUAUCGUGCUACUGGCAAAAGCUCAGCCAAAGGCUUCUGCACGUACGGUAUUCGUGAACAUUGUCAACGAAAGCGGCUGGCCCGACGGGUGGACGUUCUUCUUGAACCUAUUGCCCGGAUUGGCAGCAAUUUCACUUCCAGACACUGCCACGCACAUGGCUGAGGAAGUGCCGGAGCCACAUCGACGUAUUCCACAAGUGAUGGUCGGAAGCUACGUUUUGUCCUUCCUGGGCGCUUUUGUCAUGGUCAUUGUGCUUCUCUUCUGCACAGUCAAUCCACAAAACCUGCUGGAGCCUCUCGGUGGAGCGCCUAUAUUUCAAAUCUGCUGGGAUGCGUGGAAUAACCGCGGUUUCGUCAUUGUUGUGGGCAUUAUCUACGUCUCCGUCUUCGGGCAAGCCACCACAAACAUAACCACGGUCUUGUCCCGCAUUUUUUGGUCCUUUGCCCAGUCUGGAGGGCUACCCGCUAUUGGUUUCGUCACUAAGGUUGACCCGCGUCUUCAACUCCCACUGAACUCCUUGCUGGUAUCUGCGGCCAUAACGGCGGCGUUUACUCUUCUAGCUUUCUCGCCAGCCUAUGUCCUAAAUGCCAUUUACGGCUCAGCUGGCCUCUGCGUCGUGGUUUCUUACGGACUACCGAUCUUCCUAUUAGUGCUUGACAAGCGACGAGCCUUACCCGCCAACCGGUAUUUCAGCCUGGGCCAGUUCGGCUGGUUCGUCAACGUUGCGCUUCUCUGCAUCUACCCACUUCUAUGCACCGUUGUCAGCUUCCCUUUAUUCAGCCCCGUCACGUCAAAGGCCAUGAACUGGACCUCCGUGGUGUUUGCCGGUGUGCUGCUCCUGACCAUUGGCAAUUGGUUCUUGGUCCGAAGUAGCUACCAGCUGCCGAAGGCAACCGCUUUCGAGCGCGUUCAUGUUCACUAA